AUGGUGCCAUCACUUGUUUCAUUGAUUUCCAAGAAAAUAAUCAAACCUUCUAUUCUCACUCCUCCUAAAAAAUCUCACAAACUUUCAUUUGUUGAUCAAGUUGUUCAUAUGUCUAUUUCUAUGGCAUUUUUCUACCCAAAAAUUAGCAAUUAUGAACCUACACAUGUAUCUCAACUUCUUGAGAAAUCACUUUCUAUUACACUUUCAUUGUAUUAUCCUUAUGCUGGAAGAUUAAAUAAGGAUGAUGAUAAUUAUGUUGAUUGUAAUGAUAUGGGAGUUGACUUAUCACAUGUUCAUGUACAUUGUCCCAUGUCUCAAAUUUUUAGACAACCUUACACUCAUGCUGAACAUGUUGUUUUUCCAGUAGAUGAUCAAACUUAUGCCCAUAAUGAAGGCAAGUUGGCUACAAUGCAGUAUCAACUAUCAAGUCUAAAGAAUCAACUAAAUGCACUAAAAGCCAAUAUCGCGCAUGAAUCAAAAGUACAAAACCCUACCCGCUCAGAAGUUGUGAGCUCUCUUCUUUACAAAUGCGCUAUAGAUGCUAGAAAAGUGAAUAAUUCGGGCUCAUUUAAACCAUCUUACUUGUUUCAACUUGCUAACAUGCGUCAAAGGCUCAACCCACCUUUGUCACAUGACGCAUGUGGAAAUAUUUUAUCUGGUUAUUUCGUGGAAAUAGAUAAUGACAGAGACGUAAAUUGUUCGAAAUUGGUACGUGAAAUGAGGAAGGGGAAAUUGAAUCUUCAUGCUAAGAAAAAUGUGAUUAUCUCAGAAGUAAUUGAAUCAAUUGAAAAAGGAAAUACACCAUUUCAUAGCAAUGAAAUUGAUAAUUAUUUUUGUAGUAGUUUGAUAGCAUUUCCACUUUAUAAAGUGGACUUUGGUUGGGGAAUGGGAACUGGGCCUUUCAACAAGUGGUUUUAUUUAUUGGAUAACCAAAGUGCAGGUGGAGUUGAAGUUAUAGUCAUGUUGGAUGAACAAGAUAUGGCUAUAUUUGAAAGAGAUCCAGAGCUUCUUGAGUUUGCUAGUCCAAUUACAAGUCUUCAAUUAUAA